AGUAGAAGAAGAAACCCACAAGACCUCUUCAAACUCUUACUUUUCUUCGUCCUUUUCUAAUGGAUCUUCAACCUUCUCAAUCCUCCCAAACCCAAAACCUCCAUGGUUUCUUCUUUUUCAGAAAAGAGCUUCGUCUUAUACUCACCUUCCUCAUCCUUUUGAUCUUCACCUUUGUUAUUUCGAGCCUUGUAAGCCCUUUUGAUCCACAGUUUAUAUUUCGUUUUGGUUUAUUAUCACAACUCUUACCAAAUAAGUCUAACAAUAAUAAUAAUAAUAAUACUAGUUCAGUUGGAGCUUGUGAUUAUUCAUACGGUAGAUGGGUCCCAGAUGAGAGUUAUACACUUGAGUCUUACACUGAAAACUGCCCGUUUCUUGACCCCGGUUUCCGGUGCACCCAAAACGGAAGAAAAGACGACGGCUAUCGCCGGUGGCGGUGGCAACCGGCCGGCUGUGAUCUUCCAAGAUUCAAUGCAAGUGAUUUGUUGGAAAGAAGCAAGAACGGAAGGAUAGUAUUUGCAGGGGAUUCAAUUGGAAGGAAUCAGUGGGAGUCUUUUCUGUGCAUGCUUGCCCAAGGAGUGUCAAACAAGUCUUCAAUUUAUGAAGUAAAUGGGAAGCCUAUAAACAAGCACAAGGGCUUUCUCUCUAUGCGUUUCAACGAAUAUAAUCUCACUGUGGAAUAUUACAGGGCACCUUUCCUUGUUAACAUUGGUCGUCCACCACAAAAUUCUUCCAAACAAGUCAGAAGCACUGUUAAGGUCGACCAAUUGCAUUGGUAUUCCAUGAAAGAGUGGAAACGCGCAGAUAUUCUAGUUUUCAAUAGUGGCCAUUGGUGGAACAAAGAAAAAACACUUGGCAUGGGCUGUUAUUUCGAAGAAGAUAAUAAAGUGAAUAUAACGAUGGACGUAGUGGAAGCAUUUCGGAGGUCCUUACAAACAUGGAAGUCCUGGGCAUUGGAGAAUUUAGAUCCUCAAAGGACUCACGUUUUCUUCCGUAGCUACUCCCCGGUACAUUACAGGAACGGCACAUGGAACGAAGGCGGCUGGUGUGAUUCAAAUGUGGGACCAGAGACAAACUACACAAAUCUUGAAUCUGAUCCGUUUCAAAAUCUUGUUAUAUAUAAUGCAAUCAAACAAAUGGAUUAUGGAAACUGGAAUGUCCAGUACUUAAACAUCACAUAUCUAACGGAGUUCAGGAAGGACGGUCACCCUUCAAAAUAUCGUGAACCAGGGACUCCACCUUCUGCUCCACAAGACUGUAGCCACUGGUGCCUGCCAGGAGUGCCGGACACAUGGAAUAACCUUCUUUAUGCUUAUCUACUGUCAAAAGAAUUCAGAACCAAGUGA